AUGGACCCGGCCAUGGCAGCAACGCUUGGGACGUCUACCCCUCGGCGGAACCCACUGCUCUCCACGCGCAUGCAGUAUCGCAGCCGCCCGGUCUCGAUAGCCGUCGACCCCGUUUCGCUCGUUAUAUCCGAAUGCAUAUCCAUCACUUCGGCCAUCCAGAAAUAUGCUCGCUCUCCGCACUCAUCCGUCUCGGCCAUCCUCGGCGGCAGCCCCAACCUCAUCCAGCUCGUGCCGCCCACCGCCGGCGCACGCCGUACCCGCAAGACGGCUCAUGAUGCCGCGGCGGAUGGGGUUGGCGAUCUUGCGGCGACGAACAGAUGGGGGUUGCGCGGGAAGAAGGGCAAGAGCAUGCAGGACAACCCCUUGAUCUCGGGGUUUGGGAGGCUGCGGCAGGAGUUGGCGGGGGUUAAAGACCUUCACAGGUUCGACUCCCUCGUGCUCCUCUACCCAUUCCUCCAGAUUAUUCAGGCCAAGGGCACGGCUGCCCCCGUUACGGUCCUCGCGCUGCGAGCGAUACAAAAGUUUCUUGCCUAUGGCUUCGUUGCGCCCGUCUCCCCCCGCUUUGCGCUUGCCAUGCAGUCCCUCUCGGCGGCUAUCACCCAUUGCCAAUUCGACAUUAGCGACUCAGCGCAGGAGGAGGUGGUGCUGCUUAUGAUUCUGCACUUGAUGGAGGACAUGCUAUCGGGGCCGGGCGGGGAUAUUCUCAGCGACGAGAGCGUGUGCGAUAUGAUGGGGCGUGGCUUGACCAUUUGCUCACGGCCGAGAUUCUCGGAGGUACUGCGCCGGACCGCUGAGGCUUCGAUGGUGCGCAUGGUUCAGAUCAUCUUCGAGGACUUGAAACAUCUGGAAGAGGAGGCUGGUGAUGAGAGCGAAGCCUUGGACCGACAGACGAGUGGGGAUAUGGACACUGUCAGCAUGGACCCAGCCACUAACGGGACCGAUGUUCCGGCAACAGCCCCAGAAACGACGGAGGCUAUGGGGACAGCAUCGCCUGUGGAAGCAGUGGGGCCAAUCUCUGGUGAGACUCGUGAGGCGGUUGAAGUUGGUAAAGUUGGCGAGGCGAACGAGUCAUCUGCCGAGCCGAGGCCGUCGUCAAGCUCGGAAAAGAGGAGCACCGCUUCGGAAACAUCCAGGGGACCCAGUGCGGAGGCUGGUCGGCCAAGCACGAGCUCGGCCGCUGAGAGCGCUUCAUCUGUCGACCUCCGUCCCUAUUCUCUACCAUCGAUUCGGGAACUCUUCCGCGUCCUAGUGACAUUUCUGGACCCCCACGACCGAAAGCACCCCGACCAGAUGAGGGUCAUGGCCCUGCGGAUCAUCCAUGUGGCACUCGAAGUGGCAGGGCCGUCGAUUGCCCGGCACCCUGCCCUAGCAUCGAUCGCCGAAGAUCAGCUGUGCUGCUAUCUCUUCCAGCUCGUGCGGUCCGAUAACAUGGCCGUUCUGCAGGAGGCAUUGAUCGUGGCUGGCACGCUGCUUUCUACCUGUAGAGGGGUGCUCAAGCUACAACAAGAGUUGUACUUGUCGUAUCUUGUUGCCUGUCUGCAUCCGGCGGUGGAGAUCCCUCGAGAACCGGGAAUCGACCCAAGCCUCUACUCAGGCAUCCCACAGUCGCCCAAGUUGGUCAAACCACCGCCAUCACAAGCCGGCAGCGGUCGCUCUACCCCUGUGGCCGUCAAAGACCGACAGAAACUGGGCCUCGAGGGCGGCGCUCGGAAACCAGACGCGAGGCAAGCCAUGGUGGAGAAUAUCGGCGUGCUUGCGCGAAUGCCAACCUUUAUGGCUGAGCUGUUUGUCAACUACGACUGCGACGAAAACCGCGCAGAUCUCUGCGAGGACCUGAUUGGGCUAUUGUCUCGGAGUGCCCUACCUGACUCUGCCACCUGGAGCACAACAAGCGUACCCCCGCUGUGCCUGGACGCGCUGCUACGCUUCAUUCAGUUCAUCGCCGAAAGGCUAGACCAAACUCCCGAGGUGGACGGAUAUCCCGACCCGGCAAGGUUAAGAGAGAGACGGCGCAGGAAGAAGCUCAUCAUCAAGGGGACGGGCAAGUUUAACGAAAGCCCCAAGGGCGGGCUGGCUUAUUUGCAGGAAAAGGGCGUGAUCGAGGACGCCUCCGACCCGCUGUGUGUUGCAACAUUCUUGCAGAGCACUUCCAGGGUGAAUAAGAAAAUGCUUGGCGAGUUCUUGUCGAAAAAGGGGAACGAAGCGGCCCUGGACGCGUUUAUGAACCAGUUCGACUUUACAGGCAAGCGGGUAGACGAAGCGCUCCGCCUUAUGCUAGAAACGUUCCGGCUCCCUGGCGAGUCGGCGUUGAUCGAGCGCAUCGUCAACUCCUUCACAGAGAAGUAUUGCACUAGCUCAGUCCCGAAGGGAGUGGCGAACAAAGACGCCGUCUUCAUUCUCACAUACGCCAUUAUCCUUCUCAACACAGAUCAGCAUACUCCUACGCUGAAGAACAGGUCGCGCAUGACGUUCGAGGACUUCUCGCGCAACCUUCGCGGGCAGAACGAUGGCGAAGAUUUCGCCCCUGAAUACUUGCAGGAGAUCUUCGACACCAUUAGGACCAACGAGAUCAUCCUCCCCGAUGAGCACGACAACAAGCACGCAUUCGAUUACGCUUGGAAGGAGCUUCUUCUAAAGACGGAAGAGGCGGGCCCGCUGGUACUCUGCGACACCAACAUCUACGACGCCGACAUGUUCGCGACGACAUGGAACCCCAUCGUCUCAUGCCUCUUCUUCGUCUUCAUGUCGGCCACCGACGACACCGUCUACGCGCGCGUCAUCACCGGGUUCGACGAGUGCGCGCGCAUAGCAACAAAGUACGGCAACUCGGAGGCGCUCGACGAGAUCAUCUACCGGUUGAGCUACAUCUCAACGCUAGGCAGCGAGGCACUCGCCAACACGUCGCUCAACACCGAGGUGCAGGUGGGGGAGAACAGCGUCAUGGUCAGCGAGCUGGCUGUCCGGUUUGGGAGGGACGUCCGGCCGCAGCUGGCGACGCUGGUCUUGUUCCGUGUUGUCACCGGCUCGGAGCAUGUCAUUCGGAAGAGCUGGAAGCACAUUAUCCGUAUAUGGCUCAACUUGUUCGUUAACUCGUUGAUACCCUCAUUUUUCUCGACCGAGGCCGAUAAGCUUGCUCUGCCAGCAAUCCCGUUACAACCGCCCUCGCAGGUGAUUGACAGGGGUGCGAAACAGAGCGAGGCCGGCUUCUUCUCGGCCUUCACCUCGUAUAUCUCGAGCUAUGCUGCUGAUGACCCUCCUGAGCCGUCGGAUGAGGAGCUCGAGAGCACGUUGUGUACUGUGGACUGCGUGAACCAGUGCCACAUGGGCGAUGUGUUUGCCAAUGUUGCCCAUAGUCUCGAGGCUCUGGUGGACACCCUACUCGACCAAAUUCCCGAAGACAACGGGUCAACCGUGAUCACAGUCAAGGCAGAAAACAUUCCUCCGUCUCAGGUCAACGGGCAGAAGCCGAGGCAAAGCACCGCGCUGUACGACCCUGCGUUGGUGUACAUUCUCGAAUUUUGCACAGUCCUAGCGCUGCGUGACGACAGCACCGUCGAACUGCUCGGGAAGCGCGUUGUGGAAGCUAUCCAGGCUAUCCUCCGGGAUGUACCGCGGUAUCAUCCGAUUCUGAUCGAGCGGGCUACCUUUUUCCUCUUCAACCUCCUCCAAGCGAGUUAUGAUUAUGACUACGUCCGGGUUCCGAUCCUUCUCCACACCGUCUCAAGCUUCCCCAGCGACACAUUAACCAAGGCGUCCGGCCUCGUGCUGCGCGGCCUCAGGAUCUGCACCGAGAAGCCCUGCCCGCUGCGAAACGAGAUCAUGACGUCGCCCGAUUUCUGGGUGAUCCUGCAGACUCUAGCCACGGAUAGCGACGCGGCGCCCGCCGUAUUUGAAAUACUCCAUAACGGCGUCUCGGAAACGCCGUCGGCCAUCAUGGCGGAUAACUACGAGGCUGCGCUCGCGCUGCUGAACGAGUUUGCCUCGAUGGCCAGUGUUGGGGCCGUAGCAGAACAGGAGAACGAUCGGAAGCAGGGGCGAAAAGGCGGACGGCCUGUCAAGCAUGACAAGCCGAGUGAGAAUUCCGUGGUCGAGCGUGGUGUCAAGGCCCUCAACAGCAUCUACCGCAUGACGGAACGCAUCCCUCAUCUCAUGAAGCAGUCGCACCUAGAAAGCAGCGAAGCUUGGUCCGCCUACUGGCUCCCAGUCUUCCAGGCACUCACGACGCAGUGCACCAACCCGUGCCGCGAGAUCCGACACCUGGCCUUCAGCUCGCUGCAGCGGUCACUGCUCUCGCCGGACCUGACGUCGUCGCAGGAGGAGCACUCGGAGUGGACGGCCAUCUUCGGCGAGGUGCUCUUCCCGCUGAUCCUGCGCCUGCUCAAGCCCGAGGUCUUCUCGUCGGAUCGCGACGGCAUGAGCGAGACGCGGGUCCAGGCCGCCUCGCUGCUGUCCAAGGUGUUUUUGCAGUACCUGGUCGUGCUGUCCGAGUGGGACGGCAUGCUGGACCUCUGGGUCAAGAUCAUCGAGAUUAUGGAUCGUUUGAUGAACAGUGGGCAGGGGGAUAGCUUGGAGGAGGCUGUACCCGAGAAUCUCAAGAACGUGCUUCUCAUCAUGUCGAGCAACGGAUACCUCGUACCGCCGAGUAAGGACUCGUCGAAAGAGGAGCUGUGGAACGAGACAUGGAAGCGGAUUGAUCGGUUCUUGCCGAACCUGAAGGCGGAUCUCGCCUUGGAGGAGGAAGAGCCUGUGGUGGAGGCGCCGCUCCCUUCUGCUGGCCUGCCACCACCGGUAACAGUGGCAGCGGAGACCGAAACCGCGGCGACAGAAGAGGUUGCUUGA